AUGAAAUCAGGCCAUCAACAUGGUGGAGUUGAAACUGCUCGAACAAAGGUCGUACUAACAUCAUUCUCAGCUAUGGUGGCUGAGACCACAACUUUCCCCAUAGACUUGAUCAAAACCAGGCUCCAACUGCAUGGCGAAUCACUUUCAUCGAGUCGUCCCACUAGUGCAUUUCGAGUUGGCUUGGGCAUUGUUCGUGAACAAGGUGCUGUUGGCCUUUACAGUGGCCUGUCUCCAGCAAUUAUUAGACACCUGUUCUAUACGCCUAUUCGAAUUGUUGGGUAUGAGCACCUGAGAAGUGUGGUUUCUGCUGAUAAUGGUUCGUUCUCUGUUGUUGGCAAGGCUGUAAUUGGUGGAACCUCUGGUGUCGUGGCUCAGGUUAUAGCCAGUCCUGGGGAUCUUGUGAAGGUGAGGAUGCAAGCAGAUGGUCAAAGGGUGAACCAAGGUCUUCAACAUCGGUAUUCGGGGCCAUUUGAUGCCCUGAACAAAAUUGUUCGAGCUGAAGGAUUUGGAGGACUGUGGAAGGGUGUUUUUCCUAACAUCCAAAGAGCCUUCCUAGUGAACAUGGGAGAACUAGCCUGUUAUGAUCAUGCUAAACAAUUUGUUAUUAGAAGUAGGAUAGCUGAUGAUAAUGUUUAUGCCCACACAUUAGCUUCCAUCAUGUCAGGUCUGGCUGCAACUUCUUUAAGUUGUCCAGCUGAUGUAGUGAAGACUAGAAUGAUGAAUCAAGCAGUCAAAAGGGAAGGGAAUGUUUUAUAUAAUAGCUCUUAUGAUUGCUUGGUAAAGACAGUAAAAGUUGAAGGAAUAAGGGCAUUGUGGAAAGGAUUCUUCCCCACAUGGGCAAGGCUUGGCCCAUGGCAAUUUGUGUUCUGGGUUUCCUAUGAAAAGUUUAGAAAAUUUGCAGGGCUGUCUUCUUUCUAA